GAGAGAACGAUCAUCAGACCUGAACAAAUCACAACAACAUGUUACUCCGUAUCUCUUCUUUUUAGCUCAAUUGCCAUAUUUGGAAUGGAAAGGCGUACGAGUGACAUCUCGUUUCGUGUAUGGUCGUCGCUCACGAUGGAUACAUUUUGCAGAAUGCAUUUGGACAUGGGUUGGCUGACUAGCAGGUCAAGUAUAAAGAAAGGGGGACUCUUUCUCUCGAUUUUUCUCAAUGAUGUGUUCGAGUUGUUCUCCUUUAUUUCAUACUUUAUACCUCAGGCAACUUCUAUUUACUACGAGCCAUCAUCAUGACUUCACAAACUCAAACCCAGACGUCUUCCGUCACGGCACCACCACCACCACUACCAACAACAACAACAACGACAACUCAGGCAAUAUCCAUUGAAUCAGUCCAGACCACUAUGAACUUUUACCUCGACCCUUCCCAGGGUGGUCACGACACCUUUUACCCUGGCACGGCGGCUUACUACCGUCGUAAAUUCGACGAACAGCCAGUCACGGUGUACAACGUCAGGGGUAGAAUGUCGGAUUUCUCCUUGGACAUUCACGGCUUUCAAUACCUCACCCACAAGACUGCAGUGACCAAUCUCGAAAACGAAAGCAUUACUACCGUCAUGUACGAUGAAGUAGCCGACAUUUUGAAAAAGGCGACCGGUGCCACCAAAGUACACACCUUCAGUCACCUCAACCGGCGUGACAGUCGAGACGCCGCCGAGAGAAAAGUUUCCACCGACCCUCUGCUGGAGAGCGACACUUCCGCCAUCGACCUGCUGACUCCUGCACGCUUCGUCCACAUCGAUCAAUCUAGAGCCGGAGCCGUGGAGGUCCUUCGUGAUGAAGGAUCGGGGGGACCGCUGGACGCCGAUCUUGUCCGUGACUGUAUGUCCGGACGUACUCGAUGGGCAAUCAUCAACGUAUGGAGGCCACUGGACCGACCCUCGGUGACCAAGGACCCCCUGGCGGUCUGUGACUCGAGGACGGUCGAAGAUUCGGACUUGGUCACGGUCCGGGCCACCACCCCACGCCGACCCGAGACCCAAUACUCGGACGUCACAAAGGGUGACGGGUUCGACGUGUUGUACAUGAGACACAAAUCCCCGCAACACCAACACCACCACCACCGCCAACAACAACAACAACAAUGGUACUAUUUAGACGCCCAAUCUCCGGACGAGGUCCUUUUGAUCAAGUGUUUCGACAGUCAACCACAAUCACGACACGGUGGUCGAUCAUCAUCCGUCAGGACCCCUCACACUGCCUUUGUGGACCCUAGGUACAGUGGUUCACCAGAGUGGGAUGAAAAGGUCAGGAACAGUAUCGAAAUCAGGAGUUUGGUGUUUUGGGAGAACAACUAGUCAUUAGUUGGCCAGAGGAAAAAGUGCCUUGGUUUUUGAGGGAGAACGGAUCAACCUCCUCUUUCUCCUUUUUCUUCUAAAAAUCCAACACUAUAGUCUGUAUAUGGG